ACGAACGGUCUGGUGGGUGGCAGAGGGUGGUCUCUGGCCGCGUUAUCGUAUCGCGUGCAGUCGUCUGGCGUGAGUCCGCGCGUACGGAUCGUCGAGUCGCAUCGCUCUCGGUUUCGGGAAAACGGGCGUCGCGAGGUGGUCGCCCCGACAGAAAACGAACCCGCUCGACGAGCAACCCCUUCGCGCUCGCGGGUCCCUCUUCCGCAUCGCUCGUGUUACGUCGCCGUUCGCGGCUCGAUCGGGAGGACGCAUUAGUAGGAUCUAGACACGAUCGUCUGACCCCCCCGGCCCGCCGCCGCCACCAGUCCUCGUAGAAGAGAAUUAGACGUUGUUAGCGAGACACCGGUUCGAAACGCGAUACGCUUUGAAGUAUCGGGACGCGAGAAUCACGGGGCGACUAUUUUCACCGGAAACGCACACAACCCCCGAAUAUCACACACACGCAUACCGCAAGCCUCGAAGCCGAUCCGAGCGCACGACAACGCGCCCGCUAACCACCGGUCGAAGCGCUCUACCCAACCGCGAUUUUUCCGUUGCGACGUUCCAGUUUUUGACGCUACCCCGAGGCGGGAACCACGAUACACCGCCGACGGGACGGAUCGCCCGUUCAAACUUCGUUAAAAGAAUGUUUGCGAAUGUUUUGGGGGCUAAAGAUGACCUCGUGACGCGAGGAGCGAUGCGACGGUGAACGAAAAGGGAAUGCCCUGUAGUCGAUAAACGCUGGCGGGCCAGGACAAGCUGGGCGUAAUUAUGCCGGACAAAAACCGAGCUUGCCGGCAUGGACAACGCGACAAUUAUUUCUUUGCCGACGAGAUAUCGUCCAUUGGCAUGUCGCUGCGACCCAGCGGCAGCGCUCCUUCCGGCAUCUCAUCUCUCGCGAGCUGCGGCGACGUCGACGCGCUACCGCAACUUCCGGCGCAGGAUGAAGAACGCUUGCAACGCGCCGCACGCCAGCUGCUGCAGAGGCUGGUCUUGCUGGAGUGGUUGCAGGAUCACGGCCUACACAGCUACUACCAAAAGCUGAUGCAAAUGGAAGUGAUGUCUCUGGAGGACGUGUACUGGGUGGAGGACAACGCUGCGAGGGCAGCACUUGGUAAGGAUCUGCCGCGAUGGAUAGAGGCUAGACAGACGCUGCCCACGUCCAAGGAAGACUUAGAGACACUGAAGGCUGAUCUGUGGAGCGCAGUAGUUAAGAACAGUCAGCACCAGCACGCGUGGACAUGGGUACGAUCCCUUCCAGGUGGGAUGUUGGUGGUGUCCGUGUCUAUGGCGGGCUUGGUGAUCCUGGCGGCCAUGACGCAGCCAGCCCUGGCGCCGGAAGCGAAGCGCACCCUGUUGCAGUACGUGACAGGGAAGUAUCUUCUGCCGAGCAACUGCCGAGUCCAUUUCGAAUGGGAAGAGCCGCAGCUGGUGGGCGAGACGAUGACGUUCACCGUCAAGUUUUACCAACGCAACGGCCAGCCUUACCCUAUCUGCGACAAGGACAACCUGAUAGUGGAGGUCACCGAGAGUUCCCGGCGCGUAGCCACUCUGAUAGAACUGGGAGGCACCGACCCGCUGGCCGCGAACACCGCAGUCGUCAAGUUCACCGUCCGCCAUGCUGGACAAUACCGGAUAGCCGUGCUGAUUGGAUCGUGCCAUGUGCACGGCAGCCCGUUUCUUAAGAAUUUCCUACCCGGUCCUCCGGAUCCAAACAAGACCAUCUUCGUUCGACAGAGUUCCACGGUGGUUUGUACUGCUGGCAUUGCGCAUAGCAUGAUGAUAGAGCCCAGGGACGAGUACGACAAUUUAUGUAUAUUCGGGCCUGGUGAUAAACCUACCGAAGGCUAUGAGAUCAACAUUACUCAGAUUGGCAGCGCGAUAGACAAAUCAUCUGGACCGAAUUGCGACAUACAGCUGGACUACGACUCUCCGAACCAGAGAAUCCGCGUGAAAGUCAGCUUCCCGAAAGGCGGCUGCUAUCACGCGACUGUCAGCUUGUCCGGCCUGCAACUGCACAACGGAGACUUCGACAUCAUUGUGCUAGAGAGUGAUGUCGCGAGAAUGGUGCACAGUAACGUGGCCUCGAAGGACCCCGACAUUUGUUACGCGGCGAAGCUGUUGGGCAUGCAGGGCGAGCGAUUCGCGAAACCGAAGAAAGUAUUUUGUUUCAUCUCGCCUAAACAACUCACGAUCAAAGAGUAUCUGCUGCGAAUAAUACCGAAGAGGCUAGUCACGUUCCGGCUCUGCCCGUCGACCAAGUUCCACUUUAAUUGUUCGAGCAAUCAGUACGACGGCUACGACUCGUUCUCAAUCGACGACGGAUGCCAGCCGCCGGUCGAAUUAAUUUCCCUCUACAGAGACAUAAUUGCUGCUACGUUUACGUUGUUCCUCUUGAAGAACAUCGGCGGAAGCGAGACGUUCGCCGACAAGCAACUUUUCUUUUGCCACGAGGUUCGGAAGUAUCACCUGAAGCACUACCACGAGAAGCUUUCCAUGAAAGUCCAGCGGGACAAGCUAUUGGAAUCGUCGAUGAAAGUCACCAAGGGAUUCUCCGUGACCGAUUGGUGUAGGAACUUCGAGAUCACGUUUCAAGGAGAACAAGGCGUGGACUUGGGCGGAGUCAGACGGGAAUGGUUCGAAUUGAUAUGCGCCGCGCUGUUCGAUUCCGGAAACGGGCUGUUCGCGUGCUUCGGGGAGUCACCGCAAGGCUUGGUCCAUCCCAAUAACAAACGGGCCCCGCACCUAAAGUUGAAGCACUACGAGUUCGCCGGUCGUAUAGUGGGCAAAUGCCUCUUCGAAUCCGCCUUAGGGGGCUCCUAUCGUCAACUGGUGCGCGCAAGAUUCACCAGGUCCUUCCUCGCGCAGAUCAUUGGCCUCAGAGUGCAUUACAAGUAUUUCGAGCAAGACGACCCGGAUUUGUACCUAAGCAAGAUCAAAUACAUCCUGGAGAACGACGUGGAGGAAAUGGAGUUGUACUUCGUCGAAGAGGAAUAUGACAAAGACGGGCAGUUGCUGAAGGUAGCCGAGUUGAUCCCAGGAGGCACCAAGAUCCGCGUGACCAACGACACGAAACUGCGUUAUUUAGACGCGUUGGCGCAGCACAGGCUAGCGACGUCGGUCAGGAACGAAGUCGAGCAUUUCCUGCGCGGCCUCAACGAGCUGAUCCCCGACAAUCUGUUGGGCAUCUUCGACGAGAACGAACUCGAACUGCUGCUGUGCGGAACAGGCGAGUACAGCGUGGCAGAUUUACGAGCUCACCACAUCGCGAACGGAAAUUCCCGGGAGUUCCUUCGCGUUCUGGAUUGGUUCUGGACCGCGGUCAGUAACUUCACGCAGGAGGAGAUGGCUCGGCUGCUGCAGUUCACCACGGGCUGCUCGCAAUUACCACCAGGCGGAUUCCAGAAGCUGAGCCCGCGGUUUCAGAUCACAGCUGCGCCGACUUUCGCCAACUUGCCCACAGCGCACACAUGCUUCAAUCAACUCUGCUUGCCGGACUACGAAUGUUACGAUCACUUCGAGAAAGCGCUGCUGUUGGCGAUCAGCGAAGGCACCGAAGGUUUCGGUAUGAUCUAAUGGAGGGGAUUCAACGAUCGAUCGUUUCUAGUCUCAUCGAAAACGCGCUGAUAUUACAAAAGAAAAAAGAAAAAACAGUAUUUAUUUGUAGAGUUCUUUCCGUUCGUCAUUAGCGACACGUUUCGUGACGUCAAAACUGUGACACUCCCUCGAUCGCCGCGCGUGCGAUCGAGGGUGACGAAGAGAUUCUGUCGCAACGUUUUGAUACAUGUACACCGGGACAAACCGGGCGACUUUUCAGACGACCGUUUUUUCCGUUCCCCCGGGAGACCGCCAGAGAACAAUCCAAUCAUUCGAGAAACAUAACACGCGGACACAUUGAUACUCUCGCCACGAUCUCGUGGCGAAACAAGUUUUUAUAAAACGGUGAUACGGACGCGAGCGAUUCGAGCCGAACAUCUGAAUCGCUCAAUUCAUUGUAUCGAGGUUUGUCGUAGGUUAACGUACUAGGAACACUUGUUACGCGUCAGCCUGUUAACCGGGUGACUUUUCUACCAUGAGAACCGCAGAAGUAUUCACCGAUGAAUAAGAAUCGAAAUCAUUUGAACCGGUAAUAAAUACAAAGUAGUCGAUAUAGCCAUACAUUUCAAUUAAAUGAACAAAGGAAAGGAGAAACUCGUACAUAGGUGAAUAGAAUGAGCUCGACCUCCCCGGUUAACAGGUUCAAUGGGAACCGAGCUAGGGGAUUUGGGAACGUUCGACUGGCGAAACGAGUGCAACUUUUUGUCGCCUGAAAUAGACAGGAGCUAGAAUCCACUGUACAGUCUUGCGAGAACGGACACCGGAAACGAAGGAAGAGCUCGUACUUCGAGGAUGUACCUAAUGUACCUUCAUAUCACCGGUCACACGUUUGAGUUGUUCUGCGUACACGAACACACAGUAUUCGAAAAUGAGAGGAUUAACAUUAUUACUCGAGCAAUACACGUAAGGAAUCAGAACCAAAGAACGUAGGGACGGCGACUUAGGCUUCGCCCGUAGACGCGACGUCGUCCCGAUGAUUUGUUGAUUAGUGAGUACUUUUAGUAGGAAACUCUCUCUCCCACGUACACCGUGUGUGUUACCUCUCCGUAUUUCUUUUCUCUCUCGUUACACACCGUUUCUUUAAAGGUAGCAGGAUGCGUCUAAUUAUAACGUACGGCAUGACAAGAGUACCCGUAGGUCGACUAGCGAGAAAUCACGUGCUACAAUCCGGCGUAUCGCGCUCCGAACACGAAACGAUUUUUGUGAUAACGAACGAAUUCUUCCAGUGAAACUUCGUGCCCCCUGGUUAACCACGAUCGGCGAGAGGCGUCGCGACGAAUAUGGCGAUUGUUACCGAAACGAACCGUGAGAAUCGUUAAUUUUACCAUAUGUACUUUUCUCUAAGUACACAAUAAUGAGAAUUGUGAUCAGACACGUCGUACUUGUGUCACUCGUGGGUUACUUAGAUUUAACCGACCUAUCGUGGCGUGUUUUUGGAAAAAAUAAUAUACCGUGAGUAUCGCUCUCUGUUGUAAACACUUAUACAUGUAAUAUAUGAGUCGCUUGUACGUAUAUUACAUAUAUAUAUGUAUAUUAUAUAUAUUUAUAUUAUGUAUAGUAUCGUUUAUAUAAUUGUAAUAUAUAUUAUAACGUAUUUAUAUUAUAUAUGAUAUAAUUUAUAUGAUUAUAAUAUAUGUUAUAAUGUAUAUUACUGUAAUAUAUAUAAUAUAUAUAUACAUAAUGUGAAGAUAUAUUUGUAAUAUAUAUGUAUACAUAUGUAUAUAUAUAUAUUACAUUUUUAUUAGUAUUAAGAAACGCGUAGUUGUUAUGUAAAACGCGGUUCGACCACGAUCGCAUGUGUAUAUAUACAUGUAUACCGGUUAUGUAAAUGUGUUUGUUGUUGAUUUGCAAUGUGAAACGAAUAGGUUAUUAUCUAAUGCACAGCAAUGCUGACGGUACAUUAUUUUUAUCACUUUAUCAUGUUACACGAGAAAAAAAAAGUGUAAAAUAUAGAGUUAAAAAAGGCACCCGAUAUCGAUAUUUAUUUCAUCCAUUCCAAGGAUACCAGUUUCGUCAGUGAUACGCUCUUUCAGUAAA